AUGAUUGGACUUCUCUCAUUCCUCUCAGUCACUGUCCCAAUCGUCAACGCGACCCCAAUUGUCUCCCAGGCAGUCUCCAAGGCAGCCUCCCUUGCACCUCGUGCCGAUCCUGGAUUCUCAUGCCACAUGGCUCCUGAAAACUACUGCACCAUCGGUAUCACUGUAACUCCAUCGAGUCUCGUCGAUGAACAACCUGAGUUCAUUUACCUAUUCGAUAGUUACUGUAAUAGAUAUGGAUUCAUGGAAUCGGGCUUCAACAUCGACAUGGCUAGCCGUCUUCCAUAUAAGAUUGUCGGAACACUAUCAGCCGGAGAAAGUGCCAUGGAACGCAUUGCGACCAACCCUAGCAUUUGCUAUGCUGGUAGAUGUUGGGGAUCAAACGACCCUUGCUGGAACAGAGUCCCUAUCGGCAAUGGAAGAGACCAGUGGCAAAAUGUUUGUGUAUUCCAAUGUAACAACAUGAAUGCCCCCAGAGACAACGCAGUUGAGGCUAUUGAUGGAGCAUCGUUCGAUACCAAGGCUCUCGAAGGAACAGUAGAUGCUCAUGAUGGAGACAUCAUUGAGACUCGCGAUGGAACCAUCAAUCGUCGAGGAGAUUUUUGCCAUCAUGCCGACCCUGGCUAUUGCACCAUAGCCAUCACAGUAACACCUUCAAGACUCGCUGAGGGAAAAAAGACUGACAUGGUUUACCUUUGGGAUAAUUCUUGCCGUCAAAUCGGAGGCAUGUUUUCGGACCAAAACAUUGAUAUGGCAAGUCAACUUCCAUAUAAAAUUAUCGGCCACAUGGCAUUUAACAAUCAACGCCUUACCGCCUUCCCUGAAUUUUGUUAUGCGGGUAGAUGUACGACUGCGUAUAAUGGCUGCUGGAUUCAUGCCGAUGUUGGCGAUGCUCAAUGGGUCAAUCGUUGUCAGUUUCCCUGCAAUUAA